AAGGGCCGCGGCGCGACGGCCGGGGGUGCGGAGCCGAGCCUGCGACCCACAAAGCCGCUGCUGCUGCCGCCGCUGCCGCCGCCGCCGCCGCCGCGAUGGGGCUGUGAGGCGUCCGCCUGCACUCGGUCCUCCGCCGGCCCGCGACUAUGCCCGGCCGCGCCCGCCCUCCGCGCCCUCCCGCCGCAGGACCAUGAGGCCACGCUCGGGCGGGCGCCCAGGGGCCCCGGGCCGCCGCCGCCGCCGCCGCCCCCGCGGCCCCCGCGGCCACCGCCUGCCGCCGCCGCCACCGCUGCCGCUGCUGCUCGGGCUGCUGCUGGCGGUCGCGGGGCCCGGCGCGGCGCGGGCCAAGGAGACGGCGUUUGUGGAGGUGGUGCUGUUCGAGUCGAGCCCGAGCGGCGACUACACCACCUACACCACCGGCCUCACGGGCCGCUUCUCGCGGGCCGGAGCCACGCUCAGCGCGGAGGGCGAGAUCGUGCAGAUGCACCCACUGGGCCUAUGUAAUAACAAUGACGAAGAGGACUUGUAUGAAUAUGGCUGGGUAGGAGUGGUGAAGCUGGAACAGCCAGAAUUGGACCCGAAACCAUGCCUCACUGUCCUGGGCAAGGCCAAGCGAGCAGUGCAGCGGGGAGCCACUGCAGUCAUCUUUGAUGUGUCUGAAAACCCAGAAGCAAUCGACCAGUUAAACCAGGGCUCGGAAGACCCACUCAAGAGGCCGGUGGUGUAUGUGAAAGGUGCAGAUGCCAUAAAGCUGAUGAACAUCGUCAACAAGCAGAAAGUGGCUCGAGCAAGGAUCCAGCACCGGCCCCCUCGACAACCCACGGAGUACUUUGACAUGGGGAUUUUCCUGGCCUUCUUUGUCGUGGUCUCCUUGGUCUGCCUCAUCCUCCUUGUCAAAAUCAAGCUGAAACAGCGACGCAGUCAGAAUUCCAUGAACAGGCUGGCUGUGCAGGCUCUGGAGAAGAUGGAAACCAGAAAGUUCAACUCCAAGAACAAGGGGCGCCGGGAGGGGAGCUGUGGGGCCCUGGACACGCUCAGCAGCAGCUCCACAUCCGACUGUGCCAUCUGCCUUGAGAAGUACAUUGACGGAGAGGAGCUGCGGGUUAUCCCCUGUACUCACCGCUUUCACAGGAAGUGCGUUGACCCCUGGCUGCUGCAGCACCACACCUGCCCCCAUUGUCGGCACAACAUCAUAGAACAAAAGGGAAACCCAGGAGCUGUGUGCGUGGAGACCAGCAACCUUGCACGCAGCCGGCAGCAGAGGGUGAUUUUGCCGGUGCACUACCCCGGCCGUGUGCACAGGACCAAUGCCAUCCCAGCCUAUCCUACAAGGACAAGCAUGGACUCCCACGGGAACCCCGUCACCCUCCUGACCAUGGACCGGCAUGGGGAACAGAGCCUCUACUCACCACAGACCCCCACCUACAUCCGAGGCUACCCACCCCUCCACCAGGACCACACCCUGGCCUCUCACCGCUGUGGCCUGGAGCACCGGGCCUACUCCCCAGCCCACCCUUUCCGCAGGCCCAAGUUCAGCGGCCGCAGCUUCUCCAAGGCAGCUUGCUUCUCCCAGUAUGAGACCAUGUACCAACACUACUACUUCCAGGGCCUCAGCUACCCGGAGCAGGAGGGUCAGGCCCCACCCAGCCUCGUUCCCAGGGGCCCAUCUCGUGCCUUCCCCCCAAGUGGCAGUAGUAGUCUGCUCUUCCCCACCGUGGUGCACAUGGCCCCACCCUCCCACCUGGAGAGUGGCAGCACGUCCAGCUUCAGCUGCUACCACGGCCACCGCUCGGUGUGCAGUGGCUACCUGGCAGACUGCCCAGGCAGCGACAGCAGCAGCAGCAGCAGCUCCGGCCAGUGCCACUGCUCUUCCAGCGACUCGGUGGUAGACUGCACUGAGGUCAGCAACCAGGGCGUGUAUGGGAGCUGCUCCACCUUCCGCAGCUCCCUCAGCAGCGACUAUGACCCCUUCAUCUAUCGCAGCCGGAGCCCCUGUCGCACCAGUGAUGUCGGGGGCUCAGGCAGCUCAGGUCGGGGGCCCGUCGUGCGCCUCGAGGGCUCCCCACCACCGGAGGAGCUCCCGGCAGCCCACAGUCAAGGUGCUGGGCGGGGAGAGCCUUGGCCUGGCCCUGCCUCUCCCUUGGGGGACCAGCUGUCCACCUGCAGCCUGGAGAUGAACUACAGCAGCAACUCCUCCCUGGAGCACAGGGGGCCCAACAGCUCUACCUCAGAAGUGGGGCUCGAGGCUUCUGGGGCCGCCCCAGACCUCAGGAGGACCUGGAAGGGGGGCCACGAGGGGCCAUCAUGUGCCUGCUGCUGUGAGCCCCAGCCCUCCGCACUGGAGCCUAGUGCAGGAGCGGCCCGGGGCAGCACCUUGUUCCUGGGCCCUCCACUCUGUGAGGGCUGUGGCCCCACGGGUGUGGAGCCACAGCCAGGAGGCCCCCAGGGCCUAUACGGCCUUCACCCAGACCAUUUGCCCAGGACAGAUGGAGUGAAAUAUGAGGGCCUGCCCUGCUGCUUCUAUGAAGAGAAGCAGGUGGCCCGUGGCGGCAGAGGGGGCAGCGGCUGCUACACUGAGGACUGCUCGGUGAGCGUGCAGUACACGCUUGCCCAGGAGCCCCCGCCCAGCUGCCACCCUGGGACCCGGGACUUGAGCCAGCGCAUCCCCAUCAUUCCGGAGGAUGUGGACUGUGACUUGGGCCUGCCCUCGGAUUGCCAAGGGACCCAUGGCCUCAGCCCCUGGGGUGGGACGCUGGGCCUCGACGUCCUGAAGCCCCACAGGGGCCUGGGGGGAACCCAGGAAGAAGAGCGGGUCCUACGCUGCCAGCCCAGGGCUCCACUGCCACCUGGCUGCCCUCUGGAGGAGGCAGGGCCCACCAGGGCCAGCUUCCCCGGUGCCUCCCAGGACACUCAGGAGUCCAGUGCCACAGUCUCUGAGGCUGCAGGACAGAGAUCUCGGCCAGCAGACAGCGGUGGCACAGGAGCCUGAGCCCAGAAGGAACUCUGGAAAUGGGAACUGUACAGAGACUCCAAACUCUGACUUCCUUCACAAAAGAAAAAAAAAAUUUUUUUUUAGCUUUGACAAACACACAAAAGUGGUAAUAAAGAGAGCCCUACUUCUCAACCCAAAAUGUGAGCCCCCUGUGGCAACCGCCCCCCCUCCCAUUAACAAACCAACAGACAAAAUUCUCUGAGUCUUUGCCUUUUUUGAUAACAUGUUAUCCUCCUGUUUUGUAAAGUGUGUGUGCUUGGGGUUCUGAGGUGUGUGGGAUUGAGUUCUCGGCUUUGUUUUUUAAGAUAUUAUAUGUAAAUGUAAAAAGUUAUUUAAAUAUAUAUUUUAAAGAACCCUAACCGCCAACUUUUGCUGAAAAAAGAAAAUCACUGCUGCAUUAAUUGAACCACAUCAUGUGUAGAUACUGUUGUCUCCCUGGAGGGAGCUCAGGCCUUUGAAAAGCUCAGGGCUACACCUGCCUUAGAAAAUGAACCAGAAACUUGAAGUAAAGCUAGUCGAUAUGGGUACAAACUCUGAGGAACAAUGCAAUGCUGCCUCUUUCUCAUGGCAAAUCCCAAUGUACAAAAUUUCAGGUCUUCUCCGAAGCCAUGCUUCUCCAGCUACACCUGUGGGCAGCCGAUGGGAACAGCCAGGAGUAGGGUAGACGGUCUGCAGCACUGGGCAGCUGGGACAGGCCAUUGCUUCAGAAGCCCCAGGGUGACAGGGACAAUUCUGCCCGGUGUCCUUGGUCUGUUUCCUGGAAUCCUCCUAAGGUAAAGGAGAGAGUUCACAGUCAUGAUGUUGGGCUUCCUGCCAUUGGCUGCAGAAAUGGUUCGACGGGGUAUAUGGGGACAAACACUCAGGGGGAAUGUUGUUUGCAGCUUUGGCGUUAUGAAGGGACUAGGGACUGAGGGCGUGCCGGAGCUGCUGCAUCCUUGGGCUGCUUUCCUGGGGGGCACAGGGCCAGGACCCCAUCGGAUCUGCACCAAGCUGCAUUCGAAUGACACAUUUCCCAUCCCAUUUCCCACAGAAGCACUGCUUCAGGGUUAUUCAGCUCUGCUCACAGCUGAAGUUGCUCAUCUCACCUGCACGUGUCUACUAUCCUUUCUACCUAAUGCACUAUUAUGUAUUGAUUCUCCAUGAGACAGAGAAAGAGACUAUCAGAUAGUUUAGACCCAAAGGGCAAGUUUUUGUAUAUGUUUCCAGCCUUUGGUGGUUUUAUUGUUUUUGUUUUGUUUUUGUUUUUUUGGGGAGAGAGAGGGAGAGUUUAAAAACCCAAACCAUUUUUUAAAAGAUAUUUCCAUUAUAAAAGGGAGAAUCUAUUUAAAGGUAUUUCAGAUCAGGGAUUGUCAUCCUUUUUGUCCAAUGUAUUUCUUGUUCUUAAAGAAGAAACUAAUCACAUUAGCCCCAUGUUUACUAACUCUUCUGGUCACUUUUGUCUAUUCAGAUAAUGUGGUGCCACCUGAAAAGCUCCUGUUUGUGAAAUAGGAACCCUGGGAGCUGGUCCUCUGUAGGGGGCGAAAUAGAGACCACCCUUCGUUGCCAGGAGACUGUACUCACUCUUCUCCAGUUGGGCUCUGGGGUAGUCAGCCCAGGGUCCAGAACAGAACAUUGUGAAUGAGAAUCUCACUGUAUUGGAAUCCUUUUUUCUUAAAAACCCCAGCCUGUGAUGAGGAAAUUGACUUAAUUCUAGCCAGGAUUUGACAGAAGGAAAUUCCAGUGUCAAAUGAUUGAGCCAUUUGCCAUUUAGGAACUUACCCUUUUGCCAUUUGGUAAGAUUUGUCCUCCAGCCUCUAAGGUGCAGCCCCUUGGGGGUUGCUCCCCCCAGUCCUGUGCCCAGCACACCUGUUGGCGAGGGUGUGAGAAGCGCCUAAGCUGUUGACAUGUGAUCUGGGCUGCCUUUAUUUCUCGAGCCAGGACUAGCAGCUGCUAAGGACAACAGCUUGCAUUAUGUAGUUCUGGGGAAGGGGGGG